CCGGAAACAAGCGUCUCGUGUCAUGAAUUCUUAUCGAUUCGUGACCGUCCUUUCCAAGAUUUGCCGUGUGGAACCGCGACAUUCUCUCACAUUUGUGCACAAGAUGGCUACUGAGGCAAAGCGUGGUAAACUGUCUGAUGAAGAGAGAAGCUCUGCCCUGAGCCCCUUGACUGCUGUGGGCUGGUCCAUGGUGGAAGGAAGGGAUGCCAUCUACAAGGAAUAUCUCUUUAAAGAUUUUAACCAGGCAUUUGGGUUCAUGACAAGAGUUGCCCUUCUAGCUGAUAAGAUGGACCAUCACCCAGAAUGGUUUAAUGUUUACAACAAGGUCCAGGUUACCCUGAGUAGCCACGAUGUGAGUGGUCUGUCACAAAGAGAUGUCAAACUGGCCACAUUCAUGGAGAAGGCAGCCAAAACCAUGCAGGACUAACAGAGCCGGCCUGCCCCAAACAUACAUUCCAUGUUGUUCCUGGUUAAACUGCAGACUGACAGAUCCUAGAUCAAUGAUGAUUGACCAGCACAGGUCAUAGUUAAUGAAUGAGUGCAAUUAUCAACAUAUCACAGUGACAGUUUGCAUAAUAUGAUGAUAAACAUCUUAUCGAAGGUUCAAAGACCCUGAAA